CAGGGCAGGAACCUGGAGGUGGGAGCUGAUGCAGAGGCCUUGGAGUGGUGCUGCUCAGUGGCUUGCUUCCCCUGGCUUUCUCAGCCUGCUUUCUUAUAGAACCCAGGACCAGCAGCCCAGGGAUGGCACUUCGCACAAUGGGCUGGGCCCUUCCCCAGCCAAUCACUAAAUUAAGAUCUUAUGAAGACAUCGUCUCAGCUGAGGUUCCCUCUUCUCAGAUAACUUCAUUUGUGUGUCAAGUUGACAUAAGACUAGCCAGCACAACUGACCCCUUGUCAACUUGACUCACAAACGUGUUGCUAUUAAGCCAGACCUUUCCUUUCUUUUACCACCAAGAGUCUCACAUUAGAAACAUAAAACCUUUAAUAGUCCCACAGUCUUACAAAUUCAAACACAUUAAAAUUUCACUCUCUUCAGGGCUGUGGGGUUGAGGGCUGGGCAGCAGCAUCUUGAACACCAUGAGAGGCUUCAGCAUCAAGGAUGGUACUGUGUCUUCCUCACCAAUGUGUCGUACUCAGGAAAUGAGAAAAGAGUGCAUUGGUGAAAUUAUUAAGGCCACUCCACGUAGUUAAAAGGGAGGUUUAUUUUGUGGUGUAACUUACAAGUGAAGGGAUAGUUUUUACAUGGGUCUGGGAAAGGUGUAGCGCAGUCCGGCGGUGUUCUCUGGAGAACUCUGCUCGGUCUACCUCCAGCGUCCAGGGUCCAGGAACCAAGAGAGCUGGUGCAUCGGAUCUUGGGUCUUCAGGGUCCUCUCUUGGCCCCGCCUUGUAGUUGUGACAGUUACCGAAGCCUCAAUGGGGGUUAGAACUUCCAGAUCAAAGCUGGAAUGGCUACCCACUACAGGAGUGUGUAUUUCUCCAUUUCAUGAGAUUACAAUUUAUUCAGAUAAGGAUGUAUUCUGCAAGGUGGUUGAGAUUCUAUGCUGGUCAAAUGAAAAAAUGGAGAUUGCAACAAAGGACCCUUUAAAUCCAAUUAAGCAAGAUGUGAAAAAAAAAAGGAAAGCUCCAUUACGUUGCAAAUGUAUUCGCUUAUACAUCAGGAACUAUGGUGCCAUCCUUCAGACAUGGGAAGACCCAGGACACAGUGACAAACGCACUGGCUGUUGUGGUGACAAUGACCCAAUAGAUAUUUGUGAAAUUGGAAGCAAAGUGUGCAAAAUGAUAAUAGUCAGGGUGAGAGUUCUGGGUAUAUUGGCUACGAUUGAUGAAGUUGGAACCAACUGGAGGAAAGUCACUGCUAUUAAUGUGGACAAUCCAGAUCCAGCCAGUUAUAAUGGUAUGGCUGAUGUUGAAUGGCUGACACCUGGCUACUUAGAAGCUCCUAUUGACCGUUUUAGAAGGUAUGAGAUUCCUGACGGAAAACUAGAAAAUGAGUUUGCAUUCAAUGCAGAAUUUAAAGACAAGGAUUUUGCAAUUGACAUUAUUAAAAGCAUUCAUGAUUAUUGGAAAGCAUUAGUGACUAAGAAAACAGAUGGAAAAGAAAUCAUUUGCAUGAACACCAGCAUCAGAGAGCCCCCCUUCAAGUGUGGUCCUGAUGCUGCCAAAGCCAUUAUGGAUGCUUUGUCACCACCAUGUGAAUCAUCCUGCUCCCUGCCAACAGAUGUGGAUAAAUGGUUCCAUCACUAGAAAAACUGAUGAGAUUCCUCUGGAAUACAAGGUGAGACUGCUGCAUCCUGUUCACCUGGAAACAUUAGAUGCAAAAGUAUUAUCGAUUUUUCACAGCUUUAAAUUUCUAUAACUUACCUAAUGAAGUAGAUUCUCUGUGACCUGUCUAACAUGUUCAGAAAGUUAGCCAUCCAGACAUUUCACCUCUCAACCAAGACAGCUUUUACUACAUGUUAGCUUUCAAAGCCAGGGUAACAUGGAAG